UUCACUUGCAAAUCAGUGUGUGCCCACAAGAGCCAGCUCUCCGGAGCCCGUAACCUUCCCGUCCCGAGAGCUGCAGUUUCAGCCACGACAGCAAGAACCGCUGAGCGGGCGACCGCAGCGCCGGCGGAGGCAGAAGCAGCCUGGGCGGGUCGCAGUGUCUCCCCGGGCGCAGGAAGGCGAGCAGAGAUAUCCUCUGAGAGCCAAGCCAAGAAGAUUAAGGAAGAGAGGAGGAAUGAGGCUGGAUACAGUGCAGUGAAAAAAGACACUUCAAGGAGAAGGGUACCCACUACUCAGAGACUGGACUGUGUCAUUAAAAUGAGAACUUACGGAUACUUCUUGCUUCUCUUCUGGGUUGGCCAGCCCUACCCAACUUUCUCAACUCCAUUAUCUAAGAGGACUAGUGGUUUCCCGGCAAAGAAAAGGACCCUGGAGCUCUCUGGACACAGCAAAAAUGAGCUGAACCGUUCGAAAAGGAGCUGGAUGUGGAAUCAGUUCUUUCUGCUGGAGGAAUACACAGGAUCCGAUUAUCAGUAUGUGGGCAAGUUACAUUCAGACCAGGAUAGAGGAGAUGGAUCACUUAAAUAUAUCCUUUCAGGAGAUGGAGCAGGAGAUCUCUUCAUUAUCAAUGAAAACACAGGGGAUAUACAGGCCACCAAGAGGCUGGACAGGGAAGAAAAACCUGUUUACACCCUUCGAGCUCAGGCCAUAAACAGAAAAACAGGGAGACCCGUGGAGCCCGAGUCUGAAUUCAUCAUCAAGAUCCAUGACAUCAAUGACAAUGAACCAAUAUUCACCAAGGAGGUUUACACGGCCACUGUUCCUGAAAUGUCUGAUGUCGGCACAUUUGUUGUCCAAGUUACUGCAACUGACGCUGAUGAUCCAACGUACGGAAACAGUGCUAAAAUUGUCUAUAGCAUCCUACAGGGGCAGCCCUAUUUUUCAGUUGAAUCAGAAACAGGUAUCAUCAAGACAGCCUUGCUCAACAUGGAUCGUGAAAACAGGGAGCAGUACCAAGUGGUGAUUCAAGCCAAGGAUAUGGGUGGACAGAUGGGGGGAUUGUCUGGGACCACCACAGUGAACAUCACGCUGACGGAUGUCAAUGACAACCCUCCCCGGUUUCCCCAGAGUACAUACCAAUUUAAAACUCCUGAAUCAUCUCCGCCGGGUACACCAAUUGGCAGGAUCAAAGCCAGUGAUGCCGACCUGGGAGAAAAUGCUGAGAUUGAGUACAGCAUUACAGAGGGAGAGGGGCUGGACAUGUUUGAUGUCAUCACCGAUCAGGAAACCCAGGAAGGGAUUAUAACUGUCAAAAAGCUCUUGGACUUUGAAAAGAAGAAAGUGUACAGCCUCAAAGUGGAAGCCUCCAACCCUCACACUGAACCCCGCUUUCUCUACCUGGGUCCAUUCAAAGAUUCAGCCACAGUUAAAAUUAUGGUGGAAGAUGUAGACGAGCCCCCUGUCUUCAGCAAACUGGCCUACGUCCUACAAAUAAGAGAAGAUGCUCAGAUAAAUACGACAAUAGGCUCAGUCACAGCCCAAGAUCCAGAUGCUGCCCGAAAUCCUGUCAAGUAUUCUGUUGAUCGACACACAGAUAUGGACAGAAUAUUCAACAUCGAUUCUGGAAAUGGUUCAAUUUUUACAUCGAAACUUCUUGACCGAGAAACAUUGCUGUGGCACAACAUUACAGUGAUAGCAACAGAGAUCAAUAAUCCAAAGCAAAGCAGCCGAGUACCGCUGUAUAUUAAAGUUCUAGAUGUCAAUGACAACCCUCCAGAAUUUGCUGAAUUCUAUGAAACCUUUGUCUGUGAAAAAGCAAAAGCAGAUCAGUUGAUUCAGACCCUACGAGCCAUUGACAAGGAUGACCCUUACAGCGGGCACCAAUUCUCGUUCUCUUUGGCCCCAGAAGCAGCCAGUGGCUCAAACUUUACCAUUCAAGACAACAAAGACAACACAGCGGGAAUCUUAACUCGGAAAAAUGGCUAUAAUAGACACGAGAUGAGCACCUAUCUCCUGCCUGUGGUCAUAUCAGACAAUGACUACCCAGUCCAAAGCAGCACUGGGACAGUGACUGUCCGGGUCUGUGCGUGUGACCACCAAGGGAACAUGCAGUCCUGCCAUGCAGAGGCCCUCGUCCACCCCACGGGACUGAGCACGGGGGCUUUGGUUGCCAUCCUGCUGUGCAUCGUGACCCUACUAGUGACAGUGGUGCUGUUUGCAGCUCUCAGGCGACAGCGAAAAAAAGAACCUUUGAUCAUUUCCAAAGAGGACAUCAGAGACAACAUUGUCAGUUACAACGACGAAGGUGGGGGAGAGGAGGACACCCAGGCCUUUGAUAUCGGCACCCUGAGGAAUCCCGAAGCCAUAGAGGACAGCAAAUUACGCAGGGACAUUGUGCCCGAAGCCCUUUUUCUACCCCGACGGACUCCAGCAGCUUGUGAUAACACCGACGUCCGAGAUUUCAUUAACCAAAGGUUAAAGGAAAAUGACACGGACCCCACUGCCCCGCCCUACGACUCCUUGGCCACCUUCGCCUACGAGGGUACCGGUUCGGUGGCCGAUUCCCUGAGCUCGCUGGAGUCGGUGACCACGGAUGGAGACCAGGACUACGAAUACCUUAGUGACUGGGGGCCUCGGUUCAAAAAGCUCGCAGAUAUGUACGGAGGGGUGGACAGUGACAAGGACUCCUAAUACGUUGCCUUUUUCAUUUUCCAGUACGACACUGAAACAUGU